CAGACCUAACAGAUUACUAAAACAGACUACGACACCAAUUCGUAGAAAACUAACACCUAAAUGGAGACAUCUAUCUAGAGGAGGUAAAAGAGGAACACCAAAUAGAAACCUUAGGGAAGAUAAGAGAUCACCAAAACCAGUGGGAAUACCCACACAUAGAGAACAGAUCCCCACGAGGUAUGGAAAUGUAUCUAGGGAUACAAAAGGGACACCAGAUAGGCACUCUAGGGAGAUAAAAAGAUCACCAGAACCAGUGGUAAGGAGGAAAAUACAGACUAGUAGGAGCGAUCAGCAUCCGGUAGAAAGAAUACCAAGGGGGAUAAAUAAUAGAACUGAUUGGGAUGAAAAGAAAAAAAUCCCUACUUAUAACAGAUUUAAUGCCCUCAACACUCAACACAAAGAGGAGGAUUUUUGUGGAGACUACAUGAAGGGCAGAUACAAGGACAACAGACUAGGCUGGGGAACCCCAGGAAAAAGAGGACGGAGUAUAGAGGACGGGGAACUAGAGGAGGAAUUCUUUUACAAAAAAGGAAAAAAAGUCAGAGAAUAA